UGUUGCCAAUAUGAAAGUUUGACAACUGACGUUAACGAAAGCAUUAUGACAGGUUAGUUAGUGUUUGUGUUGGAAAAUCGAUUUAUUUAACAAUAAUGGGUACGGAAAUUUUAAAAUCGUUUGGCACCCUUCAAUCUGAAUUGGAACAAGCCAAAAAUAGUUUAAAGGGCGUCGACGAGAACAUAAAACGGCUAAUAGGAAGAGACCCUUCAGAGUUGCCCCCAAGGGCUAACUUGAAACGAGGGCCACAAAAUGAUGACAGAAACCGGCAAAGAGUUGGCCGGAAUCGUAAUUUUAACCACGAAAACGACGAACCGCCCACGAAAAGAAGAACUAGUGGAAUUUCUGUGUUUAAACGUCUGUCUGAGAGACCUGUUCACUACGAAGAGGAUUUACAUCAACAGCCUCAAAAGCAAAUGAUCAGUAAAGUUAUAGUGACCCCAAAGGAGUUGCCGAGUCGGCAAGAGGCGUUAGCAGCGCAAAGUAAGGAUGAAAAGUCCAAAGAGAGGAACAGGAGGAUGUUUGGGGCUUUAUUGGGUACUCUACAGAAGUUCCAACAAGAGGAAACUAAACUUAAACAAAAGGAGGAAAAAAGGGCUCAACUUGAGAAAAAAAUUGAAGAACAUGAGAUAAAAGAAAAAGAAGAAAUUAAAAAAGAAAGACAAGAAUUAUUCUACAACAGAAAGAAAAAACAAGCAGAAAUAAAAAUGAUUGAGUUGAAAAUGAUGCGGAUGAAGGAAUACGCAGCGUGGGAGGAAAGACAGAAACCAAGAAUGAAUUUUAUUCAAACAAAAGCAAAACCACACAUUCAUUAUUUACCCAGAAAAAUGAAUGAUGCUAGCAAAGCGUUGUUAGAUGGUUGUAAAACAGAUAUUGAAAAAAUGAUUGACAAGAAGAGACAAGAGGUGUUUGAUGAGCUUCAACACAUAGAGGAAAGAAUGAAGAAAAAUUUUGAGUUGAGGAAGUCUAAAGAAGCAAAAGAGGAGCCUCAGGAUGAACACGAGAAAACUGAAGAGAAUGGCGAUUUAGAAACUUCAACAGAAGAGAAACCUGAGAAUGUUGAACAAGAGGAAGCGCAUGAGAACCCAACUGAGGAAAAAAUUUCACUUCCUGAUCAGCUGGAAAGUAAUGGAACUGAAGCAAUUGAAGGAAAGAAUGACGAGUUGAGUACGCAGGAAGAAAAUUGGGAUGGUGAAAGAAUCCCAGAAAACAAGGAGCCCGAAAAAAGUGCAGCACAGGAGGAGCAAAUGCAAGUGGAUAAUGAUGAAAGUCUUUGAUUGUAAAUUUUUAUUAAAUAUAGAAAUAAGUUUGUAUAAUGUAUAAAUAAGUGUAUCAAGUUUGUUAUUGACUGGCUGAAAAUAAAACUCUUAAAAA